CCUCGUCGCGUUGCGUCACAUUUGUCACACGUAUUUGACACGCUCUGUCACGCGACGUGGUGUCGCUGCUCCGAGUCGUCUUGCCAUCCCAAUAAGUAGUAGUGACUAUUUCUCUGUCGAAGAAUGCCUGCUAUUAGGACACAAAUGCACUCUAUGAAGGUUGCCAUCAAUGAAUGUAAGAUAAUAACCUCAACGGCAACUGCCAUAGUCGAGGAGGAAAUGCAGGACCUUGCAGACUGCAAGAUGUAUUAUCCCUUAAGCGAGAACGAACGCAAUGCCUUCAAGACGUGCGACGGCAAGCGCGUUACUCCGCACCGAUGGGCGGUAUACGAUUUCACUAGAACAAUUCCUUGUGGUCGUGUCACGACGUACAAGGAUAUUUGCGUCGCUCUCGGGCGAGGCUCACCGCGAUCAGUUGGCUCUGCGCUUCGAAAUAACCCCUUUGCCCCGUUCGUGCCUUGCCACCGCAUCAUCGCAUCAAAUCUGUACAUUGGUGGUUUCUUCGGUGAGUGGGGCACGGGCGCAAACGCAAGAGGAGGACAGAAGAACACUGGUUUGCAGUGCAACAGAAAGAUGGAUAUGCUCGCAAAGGAGGGCGUUGAGUUUUCUGCAGACGGGUAUCUUGCGGACGAAGCUCUACUCUGGGCCGGGAGAUGCUAAUGUCCUUUCCUGUUAUUCUGUAUGGUCACACCACAGUUCGCUGCUGGGUAUCCCCACUACGUCGUUGCCAUUGACCGUUCGAAGUUUGAACAAUACAUCAGUAAAAUACCACGGUUCUU